AUGUCUUCGACAAACUUCGGUCACAUCUUCCAGGUCGCCCAACAGGACGCGUCUCACUACGGCGCUGCACCGGUCAACCUGAAGGACAUCUCCGAAGCCGAUGCUCGUAAACUCAUCUCUGAGGAGCACAAAGCUCUCGGCUACCGUCCGCCCCCAGGCUCUCUCGCAUCACAGGCACAAGCACUUGUUGCACGACACGAGACCUCCCAUGCGGAGGACCACGGCCUCACUCUGGAUGAGGAGCAGAUCAGGGAGGCGGCUCUCCUCGAUGCUGAACGUAUCAAGAAGGAGAGGGAGAGCACUUUGUUAGACCUCAACUCCGUUGGCGCAGCUGAGGCCAAGAAACUUAUGUCUGAUGAGCACAAAGCACUUGGCUACCGUCCUCCUCCCGGCUCGCUCGCCGCGGAAGCGCAUGCCGCUGCGGCUAAACAUCCAGAUGCCUCCGCGAACGUAGACUCUACUACGCUUGUGAAAGCUGCGUUCGAAGAUGCGACUCAUAUCGCAUCAAGUAACGGUGGGACACAGCACAUUGAUGUGCAGAACAUGGGUGCAGCCGAAGCCCGCAAGCUCAUGUCCGAAGAGCACAGAGCUCUCGGGUAUCGCCCUCCUCCCGGCUCGCUCGCCGCGAUGGCGCAGGCCGCCGCUGCUAAGCACCCAGACGCGAACGCCGGCGUCAACUCUGCUGCCCUCGCGCAGGCGGCUCUGGAGGACGCGAAGCGGAUCGCGGCGGAGCGCAGCUCGAACGGCUCUGCAUCUUCCCAUUCAUCCGCAUCUUCUCCCGACCCAACCGCCCAGUUGAACCUCAAUACGAUCAGCGCACCCGAGGCCCGCACUCUCCAGUCUGAGGAGCACAAGCUGCUCGGCCAUCGUCCCCCGGCUGGCUCUGUGGCGGCUCAGGCUCAGAGCGUCGUCGACCAGCGUGCGCAGGUCCCUGUGACGAAGGAGCUGGCCGCCUCGCUCGAGUCGCAGGAGCACAAGGUGCUCGGACACCGUCCGGAGAGCGGCACCAUCGCAUCGACGGCGCAGAGCCUCGCGGACAAGAACGCGCAGGAUGGGGGUGACCGCACCCUAGGCGAUGUGGGCUUGUGA